CCCUACGAUCCGCCUACCCUACCCUCCUCUACUAUCUACCUCCGGCUACUCACUCACCUCUUCACCUUCCUCUCUUCCUCUUCCUUUCCCUUGUCUGAUUUCUUUCACUCUCCACCACCAACACACCCACACUCUACCUACACAUACUGACACACCACCCUUCUCUCAACAGGAACACAUGCGACCGACCUACCCCUACGGUAUCCCCUGAUACUGCGUAUCUCCACUCUUCAAUUUUCCGCCAUCGCUCCCAUCUGUCGGCCCUCCGAUCCAUCUGUCACUAGCUGCUCUCUCCGCGCAUCUCUGAUGCCGCGCCAUAUCCGCUUUCGAUAAUCCUCCCAACCGAUCUUUUUACAUCGAGGGCUUGCCUCUCCAACCACCACAUACCAUCGCUGGUCCCCAAUAUUCGCCCUUUGAUAUCCGAGCGAUUGUUGCGCCGGCCGAGGCAGCGGAGGUGCGAUGGUGGACUUUGCAUCUCAGGGUGGGCCUGCCAUGGGCGCCACCACCACUGUCUUUCGAAUCGAAGCAGGACAUAAUAGACCAGCUCCCGGCCCAUCGGCUCCAAAAUCACGUAUGAGCGGUGCGACACAAUCCGGUACCAAUGGCGCGCAGGCCGCUGGUGCUGGUUCCUCGAUUCCUCUCAGCGCUCGUAAGGCACAGCCCUUGGAUCUCGCGAGCGUCGAACGCAGAGGACAUGGCGCACCCAACAAUGAACCACCCAAGGCGAAUCGAAUCUUUGGCCUGCAGGAGGCUCCCACAUUCAGGCCCACUGCGGACGAAUUCAAGGAUCCAAUUCAAUACAUCGGCAAGAUUAGGAAGGAAGGCGAGAAGUAUGGCAUUGUGAAGAUUAUUCCGCCCGACAACUGGAAUCCACCAUUCGCUGUAGAUACUGAGCGAUUUCACUUCAAAACUCGACGACAGCAGCUUAAUUCCGUAGAAGGAGGAACACGUGCCAAUCUUAAUUACCUUGAUCAAUUGUCAAAAUUUCACAAACAGCAUGGCAACAGUCUUACUCGUUUUCCGUCCGUGGAUAAACGUCCUUUGGAUCUCUAUAAGCUUAAGAAAGCUGUCGAGACGAGGGGUGGCUUCGACCGUGUUUGCAAGCAUAAGAAAUGGGCAGAAAUUGGUCGUGAUCUUGGCUAUAGUGGCAAGAUCAUGUCCUCGCUAUCGACUUCGCUCAAGAACUCCUAUCAGAAAUGGCUCCAUCCAUAUGAGGAAUAUCUAAGAGUUGCCAAACCCGGAGUCCACCAGAUGCUCGAGUACGAGAAUGGUGGUCCCUACACUCCAUCACCAGCACCUUCUCCAAUGAAGAAAUCCACGCAAAACACGCCGAACCACACAGAGUCACCCGCGGUGAGGGCAUCGGGUGCGCUCAACGCUGCGCUGCAGAGCGAGAUGAAUCGGACUUCCGCCUCCACUCCAGAGCCGCCAAGAGCCCCCGUAACCUCCGGGUUCACACCAGUCAAUGCAGGUGGAUUCACUGCUGUGAACGCUCAACCUCCACCUCAGCCGGCAUCUACACCCAGUGGAUUCUCCGCCGUGAACGGCCCCAAUGGAUUUCAUCGGGAGACUAUGGACUCGCGCACCUCGACACCGUUACGAAAUGGUAGCCCUAUGCUGUCAGCCCACAAUACGCCUGAUUUGCGCCCAGUUGGUGCUGGCCUGACACCACUCUCGAAUGGGCCGGCGUUUAAUCAGCUUAAGCGAACAAUGUCGCAAGACACCGAGGGCGGCGUGAAUGGCGAUACAGAUUCGGCAAGUGGCCGACGCAGUAAGCGUGUAAAGAAAGAUGCCGCACCCACCGUGGCGGGCUCCCACAUGACCCAACCUAGACUCCCAACGCCAGCUCCAUUCAACCCACGCACAAGAGUACCCGAUGAGCGUCCUGGCGAUCGUUGCGAGACCUGCGGAGAUGACAAAGAUCCCUCCCAGAUCCUACUCUGCGACAGUUGCGAUGCCGGCUAUCAUGGCUAUUGUCUGGAUCCUCCCGUCAAAGGCAUUCCUGAACAUGAUUGGCAUUGUGCCAAGUGUCUCGUCGGCACUGGCGAGUUCGGAUUCGAGGAAGGCUGUGUCUAUUCCCUGAAGCAAUUUCAAGAGAAGGCAUUCAACUUCAAGGAAGGCCAUUUCUCUUCCAAGAUGCCUUUCGACCCCGUGACUAAUAAGAAGCGAGCCGUCACCGAAGACGAUAUUGAACGAGAGUUUUGGCGUCUAGCUGUCAGCAUUACAGAAACCGUCGAGGUCGAAUAUGGCGCGGACGUGCACUCAACUACACACGGCAGUGGCUUCCCUACGAUUGAACGAAACCCACGCGACCCUUACUCGACCGAUCAGUGGAAUUUGAACAUCCUGCCCUAUGCGUCAGAAUCCCUCUUCCGUCAUAUCAAGUCAGAUAUCUCCGGUAUGACUGUUCCAUGGCUGUACGUAGGCAUGGUCUUCUCGACCUUCUGCUGGCAUAACGAGGACCAUUACACCUAUUCUUCCAACUACCAACACUUUGGCGCCACCAAGACUUGGUACGGCAUUCCAGCUGAAGAUACGGAGAAAUUUGAACAGGCAAUGAGGGAUGCCGUGCCGGAGCUUUUUGAGACCCAACCAGAUCUUCUGUUCCAGCUUGUCACGCUUCUGACUCCAGACCAACUGAUGAAAGCAGGCGUUAGGGUUUAUGCCAUUGAUCAGAGAGCUGGAGAGUUUGUAAUCACAUUCCCGCAAGCAUAUCACGCCGGCUUCAACCACGGUUUCAACUUCAAUGAGGCCGUCAACUUCGCACCAAGCGACUGGGAGCCGUAUGGAGAGAUGAGCGUUCAGCGCUUGCAGGAUUAUCGUAGGCAGCCUUGCUUCUCCCACGACGAACUUCUCUACGCAGCUGCAUCUCGGAAAGAUACUACGAUCAAAACAGCCAAAUGGCUCGCACCUGCCGUUGGACGUAUGCUGGAACGGGAAAUCCAAGCACGCAGUGAAUUCCUGACAAAGCACAAGGCCGUACUCGAACAUGCAUGUACCAUCGAUGGAGCCCUGGAUGCCGAACCCAAGUGUCAGAUGGAAUUCCUCAUAGACGAGACCGAUAUCCACGAAGACGAAAUGAUAUGUGCGUACUGUAAAGGAUAUAGCUACCUGUCUCGUUUCGUUUGUACCAAAAACAAGAAGACGGUGUGCCUACGACAUGCUGGUUGGUUUGAAUGUUGCCCUGGAUUGACGGAAAGUGCUCGGUACCUCGGAGGGCCAGAACAUACACUCGUGUAUCGGGUUUCAGACGAAGUCCUCCAAUCGACUGUACAGAAGGUCAUAGACAAGGCCGGCACCCCGGAAGCUUGGGAGGAAAAGCUAGAGACUUUGCUCGCGGAUGGUCCGAAACCCCAAUUGAAGGCUUUGCGCGCACUUGUCAACGAGGGUGAAAAGAUAGACUGGGAACUACCGGGCCUUGUUGAGUUGAAAAGCUUCGUCGAUAAAUGUACUACGGUAUCCGAGGAAGCGAUCAACUACACGGUCCGUAAGCAACAGAAUCGACGGAAGAAUGAUCGCCCAUGGCGCGGAAGAGGCGCUGCUGGCAAAGCGGCCGCUGCCGCCGCUGAGGUCGAUGAGAAAGAACGGGAGUAUCGAAAGCUUGAGAACAUGCAGGCACUGCUCCAAAAGGCCGAACGUCUUUCUUUUGACAGUCCAGAGCUUGCAGCUCUACGCGAGCGAUAUGACAACGUGGUUGCCUUCCAGCUUAAAUCGCAGACAGUAUUGCGAGAUCGAGCGUCUCAGACGGGCCUCGACACGCUUGACGAGCUUCUUGAGGAGGGCAGGAGCUUCAAUGUCGAUAUCCCAGAGUUGGAAUCGCUCGAACGUGUGGUACAGCAGCUCAAGUGGCUAAAUACUGCCGAGGAAUACCGCCACAAACAGUCCAGUCUCCAAGAAGUCACCGAUCUCCUUGCACAAGGUCUUGAACUUGGCAUUCCAGAUACCCAUUCCGAGAUUCAUUAUUAUCAGGAAAAGAAGACUAUGGGUGAGGUUUGGGAGAGGAAGGCCAACGAGCUGAUGGCGGUAGAGAACGUGCAUUACCAACAAUUAGACGCUCUCUCCAAGCAAGCGGCUACCCUCCCGGUAACGCCUGAAACUCUCGCCGCAGUCGAAGCUAUUUUGAAAAAGCAACGGGAUGCACAGGACCUGAUCAUGUCGCUAUACGAGCGAAGCAAGAACGUCGAUUUCAGGUCGCGACCCACAUAUAAGGAAGUUCGGGAUGCCAUGGAGGCGUUGAGUGCUUUGAACAGCAAGCCGGCUGGUACCAUCGAUCUUGAAAAGGAACAAAAACGGCACGAAGAUUGGAUGAGACGCGGCAAAAAGCUAUUCGGAAAAGCGAAUGCUCCCCUUCAUAUCCUCGGAGCGCACAUGAAGUCGGUGGAUGACCGCAAUCGCUCGUGCUUUGACCUCUCCGACCAGCCACGCAUGCCAGUGGAGCCCGCUUCGCGCGAAGCAAGUCCUGCCGAAGGCGAUAAUGUAGAUGGUUCCAGCUCAAGUCGGGACGUCUUUUGCAUUUGCCGUAGACCUGAAGCAGGGAUGAUGAUAGAGUGUGAGCUCUGCCACGAGUGGUAUCAUGGUAAAUGUCUCAAGAUCGCUCGAGGCAAAGUCAAGGAAGACGAUAAGUAUACAUGCCCAAUCUGCGACUACCGCGUCAAGAUACCUAGAGACGCAGCCCGACCCAAACUCGAAGAUCUCCAAGUCUGGCAGGACGAGAUUGUUUCACUACCGUUCCAGCCCGAAGAAGAGGACACACUUGAAUCUCUUAUUGAUAACGGCUUACGGUUCCGGGACUAUGUGGCGAAGUACAUCAACCCGCUGAUGUCUAGCCCUGAUGAGCUCACCACACAACGAUUCUAUCUCCGUAAGCUCGAGGGCGCUGAGAUCCUGCUGGCCAAUGAGAUAAACUUCUUCCGUCAAGAGUUGCACAAGUGGGCGCCAGUGGCUCCGAUACCACCACCGAUCCUACAGGCGUCUCUAUCUACACGCAAGCCUCGCCCGACAAAGCAACAGAAGCUGAUGAACCAAUUGGGUAUCACCAAUCCGGAUGACCUUCCGCAGCAUUUGCGCACCAAGACCCAUAUUGCGAAGCGUAAUUCCAUCGACGCAAGCAAGACUCCAUUGACACUCCAACCAGCCCCUGAACCAUCACAUACUCCUCCUGGAGAUCCACCUGGCACGCAUAGAAACUUUGACAACCAGGACUACUUUAGUACGACGUCAACGACUAGCUACAACCAUUCUCCGACAUUUGCGACAACUGCACCACUGACAUAUGGUGGCGGUUCCAACAUCCAACCAAUCGACCCAGGGCUAUUCGAAGGUGGCGGCCAGGGGUCCACCAGCCCCAUGCAAGAUCUUUUCAAGAGCUCAGGCAGUGGUGAAAUGUUUCAAGAAAUGACCGACCUCGACGGCGGACAGGCAGAAGAAGCCUUGGCUGUCACCGAAGGCAGUGGCUACGUCGAUUGAGCACGCAGUCUCCAAAUGUGCCCGAUCUCCCCUUUUCUUUUUCCGGUUUCGAUAUUAUUUGCAUUCACACAAGGCGUCAUGGUGGGAAUAUCCAAGGGAGCAUCCCCUUCGGUGAAAAUCAACUACGAUACGACAUGAUACCAGUCUGCAGGGUAGGGGGAAAAGGCGCUUCUGAAUUGGUGUAACUUUCUGCAUUAUGCAUUGUUGCUUGUGUAACAACCAUUUUUCUCUCUCCUCCUUUCUACAGAUAUUUCCUUGUUAUUAUCUGCCCUGCCACAUGCUUGCGCAGGCAACGGCUGUCGGACGAGCUCACUGUACUUUAUGUACUACUAGCCUGGCGCAGGCCCUGGUCGACUCGAUUAGAUACCUUAAUGUAGUCUUCACGGGCAGAUGUUUUAAUGGUGCUGUGGGGAAGCAGAAAAGCUAUUUACUGCAAGGAUAGUAUCUUUCGAGAAAUAAAAAUACAAGUCUCUUCAAUUCAUC